AGUCUAGACACAAAAAUGGAUUCGCAACGAUUUUUCUUAGCUAAGACACACAGCGUUAACACUUGGAAGGGUCCUUAACGUGACACUUUUAGUUGUGUUCUACGUUCUACCGUUCUACGAAAUGACGCAAUUCCCUCUUAUGUAUUUUUAUUUCGCCUCCAAUAGGGGGCAAAAAUCGCGUCGCGUUUGCGUGUAUAUAUGUCAAAAUUUGACAUAUUUGAAGGCAUUUUUUUUAUAAUUAUUUUCCAAUUGAUCUUUCUUAUAUAAACCACGCGUUUUUUUUUUAAGCAGAAUACUGUCUGGCGUAGAUUCAAAAGAAAGUUAAAAUCCUUGCAUAAUUGAGUGGAAAAAUAAAAAUUGUGGGAAAUUACUAUGAGAUAAAGUGUUAUAUAACACUAUAAUCAAUUUAGAUUUAUCACCCAAGGAAUUUUGGUAAUCAUGUGCUAAAUGUGAAUGGUUACCUGUGUUACCAAGAUGAAUAUUUUCGUGAUAAGAUUCUCACAUUUUAUAAGACCUAUUAAAUUUACCUAUUCUCAGAAGGCCUCAAUUCUUAAAUCUCAUGCAACAAAGGUGAAUCCGAAUUUUGUGUUUUUUCACAAUUUAAACGGAGCAAGGAGAACCGUGAAAAAAAUUGAUGAUUCUAUAGCUUUAUCUGUAGGAUCAGCAAAAGCUCCAAUAUUAAUUUCUUUCGAUGGAAAACUGCCACCUGCAGCAACUGGAAGUCUAGAGGAGGUGAAGGGGCUACAAUCUGAUUCAUGGGCCAAGACACCGCUAUCAGCUAACUUCCAACUUUACCUAAGAUUAUCCAAAAUCCGCCUUACAUCCCUUGUUGUAGUGACCUCGAUGGCAGGCUAUGCAAUGGCACCAGCCUCCUUCGACUUAACAACAUUUGCCCUAUGUUCUGUGGGUACUGGUCUCCUUGCGGGUGCUUCUAAUUCCAUCAAUCAGUUCUUCGAGGUGCCCUUUGAUGCUCAAAUGUCACGAACACGAAACCGAGUUCUAGUCAAGGGUAUGCUGACACCACUCCAUGCAGUAUCUUUUGCUACAAUUGCUGGAGUUGGUGGCUUUGCUAUUCUCAAUUUUGGAGUUAAUGGAAUCGCAGCGUUUCUGGGAUUGUCCAAUCUCAUCCUAUAUACCUGCAUCUAUACACCAAUGAAGCGUUACAGUAUACUAAAUACGUGGGUGGGUAGCGUUGUAGGUGCUAUUCCACCUGUAAUGGGAUGGGUGGCAUGCACAGGACAUGUAGAUACUGGAGCUUGGAUACUCGCUGCACUUUUGUAUGCCUGGCAGUUUCCUCAUUUUAAUGCGCUGUCAUGGAACUUGAGACCCGAUUACUCACGAGCUGGAUAUAGAAUGAUGGCUGUGACUGAUCCUCAACUUUGUAGACGAGUAGCUUUGCGUUAUACCAUUGGUAUCGCAGGGAUCUCUUUGUUAGCACCGGCUCUUGGUGCCACUGAUGCCUGGUUUGCACUGACGUCCUUACCCCUAAACGCAUAUUUCACUUUUUUAGCAUGGAAAUUUUACAAAAAUUCAGAUAGCAACAGUUCUCGAAAACUUUUUCGAUUCUCCCUGCUUCAUCUACCAUUACUAAUGGUACUAUUCUUGUUGAGCAAGAAACGAUGGAUAUUUAUGGAGAAGGACGACUAUAUAAAGAAUACUUCAAAAAUGCCUGGAGUAGACACUUCGAGUCUUAUCAAUAUUUUUCCGCUUAAUGCAUCGAAAUCAGCGUGACAUUGAAAUGUUUAUUAUAUAUUAUGUUCUGUGAAUACAUUAGUAAGUUAUUUAAUGUGUACUAUA